GUGCUGUGGGUUUUAGUUGACAGUAUGCCCCACCCCAUUCAACAAUGUGAUGUGACUGCUGCAAACAACUAUUUUGAUAUUUUGAGCUAUGCUAAUAGGAGCAUAGGACGCAGAAAGAGGUGGCAGUUUCUCUCCUCUCUGAACUCAACGGACACCUGGUUUCCUUCCUGAACUCUAGACACGCUGAGAGGCAUCACCCAGAGCCCCUCGACAUGUGGGUGGCUUUCUAGAAGAUGACCAUAGAGGACCUUCCGGAUUUCCCAUUAGAAGGAAGUUCUUUGAUCGGAAGAUUCCCUUUUUUCCUCUCAGGCCCUGACACGCCAGUGAUCUUCUCUGUCUCUGCAGCACCCAUGCCUUCCGACUGUGAGUUUUCUUUCUUUGAUCCUAAUGAUACAUCAUGUCAGGAAAUUCUCUUUGAUCCCAAAACUUCUGUAUCAGAAUUAUUUGCCAUUUUAAGACAGUGGGUUCCUCAGGUCCAGCAAAACAUCGACAUUAUUGGCAAUGAGAUUCUUAAGAGAGGUUGCAAUGUGAAUGACAGGGAUGGAUUGACAGAUAUGACUCUUUUGCAUUAUACUUGCAAGUCCGGAGCUCAUGGUAUUGGUGAUGUUGAUACAGCUGUAAAAUUUGCAACUCAACUUAUUGAUCUGGGAGCAGACGUUAGUUUGCGGAGUCGCUGGACAAAUAUGAAUGCUUUACAUUAUGCUGCUUAUUUUGAUGUUCCCGAACUUGUAAGAGUGAUUUUGAAGACAUCUAAACCAAAAGAUGUGGACGCCACGUGCAGCGACUUUAAUUUUGGGACAGCUCUGCACAUCGCCGCUUAUAACCUGUGCGCGGGCACCGUGCGGUGCUUACUGGAGCUCGGAGCGAACCCCGCGUUCAGGAAUGACAAAGGAGAGAUGCCUGUCGAUGUGGUCCCAGACCCAGUGGAAAUGCCCUUGGAAAUGGCCGAUGCGGCGGCCACGGCCAAAGAAAUCAGGCAGAUGCUGUUAGACGCGGUGCCCCUGCCGUGCGAGGUCCCCAAGCCCCUGCUUCCAGGUUCCGACCGUGCUGCUAGCAGGGCGGUGCUGACGUCGGUGGGCCUGAAGUUGGGGGACCGCGUUGUUAUUGCAGGACAGAAGGUUGGAACAUUAAGAUUUUGUGGAACAACUGAGUUUGCAAGUGGGCAGUGGGCUGGCAUCGAGCUGGACGAACCAGAAGGAAAGAACAACGGAAGCGUCGGGAAGGUCCAGUACUUUAAAUGUGCCCCCAAAUAUGGCAUUUUUGCACCUCUUUCAAAGAUAAGUAAAGCAAAAGACCGAAGGAAGAAUAUGGUCCACUCUCCGUCUGCAAGGGCGGUGCCACUCAUCCGGUCCCAGAAGGUUGAUGUGGCUCACGUAACGUCGAAAGUAAACACUGGGUUAGCGCCACCAAAGAAAGACACGGUUUCUGAACCAGCACUUCCGUUGCCUGCGGGCGAGGAGCUGAAAACAGCGACAGAGAAAGACGUUAACCUGCCCGGAUCCAUCAGCAGCUUGUCCUCUACGUCGUCCUUGGAACACAGACAGAGCCACCCCAAGAAAUCGAGCACACGCAGCAGCAGCAGCAGGACGACCAUGAGCAAAAGCCCAUCCACUUCAUCGCGAGCCCGUGCUGGUCCGGACUCCUCGGCAACGUCCGUCGCAAACAGUGCCCGUAGUGAAGAAGGACAGCUCCAGCCCGGGGACCGCGUGCUGGUGGUCGGCCAGAGAGCUGGCACCAUUCGGUUCUUCGGGACAACAAACUUUGCUCCGGGAUACUGGUACGGGAUCGAGCUGGAGAAGCCCCACGGCAAGAACGACGGUUCCGUGGGGGGUGUGCAGUAUUUCAGUUGCUCUCCCAGAUAUGGAAUAUUUGCUCCCCCAUCCAGGGUGCAGAGACUAUCAGAUUCCCUGGAUACGCUUUCAGAAAUUUCUUCAAAUAAACAGAAUCAUUCUUAUCCUGGUUUUAGGAGAAGCUUCAGUACAACUUCAGCUUCUUCCCAAAAAGAGAUUAACAGGAGAAAUGCAUUUGCCAAGUCCCGGGCCGCCCUGCGGCGCAGCUGGAGCAGCACGGCCGCGGGCGCGGAGGGGCGCGCGAGGCUGCGCGAGGGCGCGCAGGUCCUGCUCACCAGCUCCAACGAGAUGAGCACCGUGCGCUACGUGGGCCCCGCCGACUUCGCGCCGGGCAUCUGGCUGGGACUGGAGCUCCGCAGCGCCAGGGGGAAACACGAUGGCGCGGUGGGGGACACGCGCUAUUUCACCUGCAAGCCGCACCACGGAGUCUUGGUGAGGCCGAGCCGAGUGACCUAUCGGGGAAUAAAUGGGUCGAAGCUUGUGGAUGAGAACUGCUGAGUCAGACUUCUGGCGUGUGUGUGUGUGUGUGUGUGUGUGUGUGUGUGUGUGUGUGUACAUAUACGUAUACAUGUAUACAUGGGAUGUAAAAUAGUCCAUGGCAAGUGUCGACUUUGUUUAGCCACUAUUUAAAAUUGGAAAAUAUGGCCAUCUUCCUAAAAACCAUUAUACCAAUUCAGAGAGACUCCUUUAAAAAGCUAGCACUUCGAACUGUGGGGAUCAUGGUUCUCUUAACACAGUUUUGAAAUGAGCAUUUGGAAAAGCUACUGAAGCUUUAGACCCAAGAAAAUUCUGAGCCCUAGGACACAGUGUGCCAUCAGGUGGCCAGCUGCUGUGGCUUACUCUGUGCCAUGUGUGCACAGAAUGUUGCAUUUUCCGUGUGCCAUAACCAUGUGGGUUUUCACUAGCUUUGGUUAACGUGUGAUGUUCACAUAACCUAUUUUGUCAAGUAUUUUUGAAGUUUUUAUUUCUGUUCUAAUAAGUACAACACAAGAACGGUAACCCUGUGACUAGUGUAUUUUCACAUUUUAGGGCAAAGUUAUUUGCCCUUCCAGGAGUGCCUCAUCUAAAGACAUGUUAGAACUCUGGAGUCAGAAGGGGCCUUACCGGCUCUUGAGCUCAGCCUCUCCCCUGCUGCCAAGUGCAGAGAAGGAAGGCGGAGGCGGUCUGUUACCCAGGGCCACUGAUGAGCUGGUUAACCCUGGAGAAGAGGGCAAAGCUCUCCUGACCUGUGGCUCCUGCUUUCCUCUGUACGAAGAGUGAGCUCUGUGUACACUGGCUCUGUGUUAGUGGCUGCCUCCUCUGGGUGAAUUACAAACACUAUGAUUAGGUUUAUGAAUUCAAGUCAUAAUUGGAAUUUUUUGCAUAUACUUAUUGAACUUCCUUAUUGGACAUCUCUUUAAAACACACACACACACACACACACACACGAAGCACUUUUAAAACAAUGCACUUUUACCUUUGCUAUGAUUUCCUCCUGGGGUGUGAAAAACAUUUUAAAAUUAUAUUUAAGAGAAUAGUGCAAAUUAAGAGGUGUUAGGAAGAAUGUAGUAGUUAUUCAUUUAAAUGUUUAUGAUUUCUUGGGGUUUUUUGGUUUUAUUAUUCAUAUAGCUGAUGUUUGCUAUUGUUGCUGUUUUUAUAUUUUCAGUUGCAAAUUCAUCCUGUUAGAAAGCUACAGAACUGUAUCAUGUUUUUGUGUUCCUUGUUGAGGACAUGUUAACAAACUAAACUUCAUAAUAGAGCGAUGUAAUAAUGCAAAACAUCUGUGUUGUGGAUACGUAUUGAAGUUUGUCGUCCUAUAUGUGUAAUGACUGAUCUCUAAUUGUAGAUGUUUAGACCUUAAACGACAACAGAAAUAUCGGAACGGUUUGCUUUAUAAGAUUAAAAUCAUCCUUCAGAAUGGAGCUUACUUUGUGUUUAGAAAUACUAUGUUGAACUAUUUUGCAAUAUACGAUUUAAAAUCUAAAUUCCGUUGCUUUGCUACCUUUUUAAAAAGAAGUGUGGCAUUUCAAAUAUCACUAGAGCUAUUUUCCUGAAAGACAUUUGCAAAAUAAGGCUGCUUUAUAACCAAGGAAUAUUUUUAUUGACUGAAGAAAAGGACUGUACUGCUAUUCAAAAGUAAACUUAUUUUAUUAUAUAGCUUAUUUCUUAAAGACUGUAUUUAUAUCUUAACAUGAAAUCCCUGAUUAUCCUGAACCUGGGUGUCCUUAAUUCUUCCUGUUAACUGUAAAACGCUAAGUUCGAAACAGCAAUGCCAACACUGAAUUUAUGCUGAAAUCGGAGAACCAGUUGUUCUGAUAUUGCGAUUAGGAUGAUUAAAUCCGUGUCACGUGUGUGUCUACAGAUCCUGGACAUACAAAUUCGGUGUUUUCAUUUGUGUUUUGCCUAUUAAAUGUCAAAGUUUACUUCUUGAGCAUUAAUAAAAUGGGAAGCU